CAGAGCUUCCUAAUCAGCCGAGCCGAGCGGAGUGGAGCGUAGUGCGGCAUGCCCCUCUUUAGGGAUUCCAAGCUCGUCGUUCGCUGUACGUGCUGAUUCAACGCGAAGUUUCCCUCACGACUAGCCGGUACACGGACCACUCGCUUAGUUUCCUCUCGGCAGUCGAGUGAAACCGACCCUAACAGCAAGGAUCUUCAGCGUUCCCGGUGGUGGGCCGGCGGACCAGCUGAGACAACGAACAUGGCAGCUCCGGUAGUUUGGAACGCGCUUUAUGUUGCUCUUUCGUUGGUCUUGACCAGCCGAUCUUCCAUGGCUAAACAAACGGAGACUUUCGUAGUCAGCAACACCAUAGACCAAGGCGCAGGUGGAAAGGACUACUUCAUAGGACCUUGUUUGGUGAACACCAAUCAGACCUGUCCUGACAAAGAGAUAACCUUCUUCCUUUACACACGGAGAAACUUCAACGAGAGCCAACAGAUUCUGCUGGAUGAAACUAGUUCAAACUUGGCCCAGACCAACUUUGACCCUUCGAAACCGACCAAGAUAGUGAUACACGGUUACGAUUCCAACAUGAUGUUGUCCUACCUGGUGGACGUUCGUAUGGAAUACCUAAAGACCUAUGACUACAACGUGAUCGCCGUUGAUUGGCAUCGUUUAGCAAAUGCUCCUUGCUACCCAAUCGUCGUGCAGAACGUACCUCACGUUGGAGACUGUUUGGCCCAGUUGGUCCAGAGACUGAGAGACACAGGGGCCCAGGACAUACACGUGAUAGGAUUCAGCUUGGGCGCCCAUGUGCCUGGCUUUGCUGCAAACACACUGUACCCCUACAAGAUGUCUAGGAUCACCGGGCUAGACCCAGCCAUGCCUUUAUUCAUCACCGACGACAAGAGCAGAAAGUUAGACGCUGGGGAUGCUGAGUUUGUUGAUGUAUUUCAUACAAAUGCAUUCAUCCAGGGCAAAAUUGAGAUGAGUGGACACAUUGACUUCUACAUGAAUGGAGGUAUCAAUCAGCCAGGUUGCUGGGACAGGUGGAAUCCAUUCGAAUGUGAUCACCAUAGGUCGGUGAUGUACUUUGCCGAAUCUAUCAAUUCCGAAGUAGGUUUCUGGGGCUGGCAGUGUGGAGGAUUCGUCAAUUAUCUCCUGGGUCUGUGCCCACCGAGGUACCCAGCCACUCUGGCUGGGGAUAAGGUGGACAAGAAGAAGAGAGGGUUCUACCUGGUGAGAACUCAUGCUCAAAGCCCGUACGCUAUUGGGAAUUUCAGUGUUAACCAGUUGGAUAUGUACACGUAAGGUGGAGUUAACGAUGGAGCGAUAACGGGCACCCAUGAUGGAGACCACAAAUACGUCUCAGAUAACUGUCCCAGAUAAGGAGACGAAAACAGGACGUGUGCGUGGGAUGAGAACGACUGGCAUGCUCGUGAACUCUUCGAGAGAAAAGUGUGAAAGUUCGUUGGUUGAAAAACGUGGCCCGUGUCAAGGUUAGGAGAUUCCAGGCACCUGGUGCCCUGCUAAUCGAUAUCGUGUUCCAGAAAGAAGUGGGGCUAACCUAAGCCGACUACACGUAUAUGUUUAGAAGCCGAUUCUUUACCUAUUUGACGCGCCCGGGAACGAUUUGUAGCGAUUUAUAGUUGGUGAUUAUCAAAGUUGAUUUAAGCAUUUAUGGGGAUAAAUUAUUUGAAUAUGAAUCAUGAGGAUUUUUGCUUGGACUGAUUAGGAUGGUGCUGAUGAAAGUGUUUAAAUGACGUGACUCCUUUGUACAAUAAUUAUAAUUUAUCAACUGAUAACAUUAGUUCUUUUAUAUAACUGUUCUUUUAAUAAUAAAUUUCUUAAGGAUCCUUGAAAAUUUAACUGAAAACCGAGAUGGAGCAAGAAAAUGACAAAUCACUCUUAAUUUUUGUUAUAUGCAUUAUUUUGGAUAUAGCUUUUCAAUAUUUAUAAUUUAAAUUUUAUAUUCAUUGUCAUUUCCUAUUGUAUUUGGAUCUUUCCAGAGAUUUAAUUGGCAGUGGUGACUUUUUUUUUUCUAUUUUAAGAUAUGAUUUAAAAGUAAAUUGGUAUCAGCUCAACAAGGAUUAAUACGUAUACUGUAUAAGAUAUUAAUUCAACAAAAAUGGAGUUUUCCAUUCUAAAACAUCAAUGUAUUUUUAUGAUUGACAUCAUUUAAACGCUUGUGUAUAGUGAACGUUAUUGAUAGGAGUUUUAUGAUACUGACAAUGAGAUUGUUAUAAUUCACUUACAUAACUGUUUAUGUAACGACGAUAUGUAUACCUAUCUAAUGUGCCAGUAACACAACAGAAUUGUAUUUUAGGAUUUUACGUAUUAAUUCAAGAUAGAAAAGUGAAACGUAUUAAUCCUUCGACAAGGAUUGUAAAUAAGAUACCAAUUGUUUAUUAGCUCCAUAGCGACUUAUAAAUGGGUCAGUAUGAACACAUUCCUAUCCUUUAUUCCUGUUUUAUUACUCAGGAAUACAACAAUCGAUCUUUCCAAUUUUAAAGAUUAUUUGCAUGAAAAAUAUGAAUAAAUUAUAAAUAUAAAACGUACCGAAACAGUAUUUAUUCUGCACAAUGUACAAUGAGAAAAAUAAAUGAUCAUCCUUCGUCUCAAUA